UCGUUGGGGGAACGGGGUGGGAGGGGGUUGGGGUAUUGAACCGAGCCUGCCCAAUCCGUGCUUCGCUGUAGCCGGUAGAGCGGAGUUGCGUGCCUUUGCGUGGUCGGGUUAGCGCCAGUGCGGCUGUGCAUGUGUUUGUACAUUGAUGCUGUGGGGAUGUUUUUCAACCUGAACAUAUAACGUAGAGCUGUGACAGUUGUAGGGAGCCGGUGAUCACUUCGGGAGUGUGUCCAACACAUGGGGGGGAUCCGUGGCCACAUUUCCACACGGGAUCGCGUUACACUCAGCCUGGCGUUCUUCCGUGGCACCGAGGGUGUUGGGGCAGGUGUCACUUGGGGUGGGUGUCGGACAGCAGCUAAUCCCCCACUUAAGCACUGAGCCUUAAGGCCCAUUAGCCGGCUCACUGGGAUUGAGACAAGUGGUGUGUUCCAUUCCCUCCUGCUCGUACCUCGGUUUGGGGGGUUUCAUUUCCACCGUGGGGGGUUCUGUGUCAGUUGUGUGAUCUGAGCAGCAGUUUAUGUCAGGACUGGAUUUUAUUGCUUAAGACGAUGUUGUAACGGGUCCGUUUAGUGGAGGUAUUUCUGCUGGCUGCGUAGGUGUGUGCUGGGGCCCUGGGCUUGGCGUGUGAGGGCAGCACAGUCCGGAGCUCCAGCUUCAGCACCAUCUGCUCCGGACAGCGCCCCAUGGAGCUUCCCAUCAACUUCCUGUCAGACAGCAGCCGCCCUGCAGCCUCCUCGGAGCGGGGAGAACAGGCAGGUUUGGAGCUGGGGGAGCUCGAGUUUGAUGAGGAGCUGGUGUUUGUGGCCGCUGAAGGAGAGGGGGACCCUGAGGAGAGUGAGGGCCCUGAGGUCAGGGAGCAGUCGGAACUCCUGUGCAUCAUAAGGCAGAAGGAGAAGGAUCUGCUGCUGGCAGCCCGGCUGGGGAAGGCUCUGCUAGAGAGAAAUCAGGACAUGAGCAGGCGCUAUGAGGAGAUGCACAAGGACAUGACUGACAGGAUGGAGCAUCUGGAACAAGAGAAACAUGAAUUAAAGCGUAAACUGGAGAAUCGUGAGGGAGAGUGGGAAGGAAGGGUGUCUGAACUGGAAAGUGAUGUGAAGCAGCUACAGGAGGAGCUAGAGAAGCAGCAGGUGAACCUAAGAGAAGUCGACCGGGAGAAAUUAUCUGCUGUCCAAGAACUGUCAGAACAAAACCAAAGACUCUUGGAACAGCUUAACAGAGCUACAGAAAUGGAGAGGCAGCUCUCUCAGCAGGUGACUGUACUUCAGGAAGAAUUCCGGGAGAAGAGUCUGUCUACAAGCCAGCAUGUUUCACGGUUGGAAAGUCUCUUAGCUGAGCAGAUCCUAGAAAUAAAGAUGCUUUCAGACCAUAAACGAGAACUAGAGCAACAACUGAGCACUAUCAUGGAGGAGAAUGAGCAACUUCAGGGACUUGUGGAGGAACUGCACGACAAAGAGUUAAGCCUAAAUCAGCAGAGUUUCGAGAAGAAUCUACAGAUAAGAGAAAGUCAGCUGGAGUUGGAAGAACUGCGUCUUUCUUAUCGGCAGCUUGAGGGGAAGCUGGAGGAGCUCCAAGAAGAGAAGAGCCUUCAGCACAUGAACAGCACAAGCACCUCCCUUCUGUUUGAGAUUGAGCAAAGUAUAGAAGCAGAAGAACAGGAACAGGAAAGGGAGCAGCUGAGAUUGCAGCUCUGGGAAGCACAUUGCCAGGUCCGAUCUCUCUGCUGCCAGCUCAGAGGGAAUGAGAGUGCCGAUUCUGCCGUCUCCACUGACUCUUCCAUGGAUGAAUCAUCUGAAACCUCAUCUGCUAAAGAUGUGCCAUCCGGUAGCCUACACACAGCCCUGAGUGAACUGAAGAUCCUUAUAUUGAGCAUCCUAGAAACCUGUGACUCUGCAGGCUCAAGAAAAUGUGAAGAUGACGGUUUAGAGGAACAGAUCAAACAAACCAGUGAGGACUCCAGGGCUUUACGGGAUCUUCUACAGGGAGAACAAAUCAGAAUGAAACAAACAUAUGAUGAACUGCAAGAGCUGCAUAAACAGGUAACUAUGCUCAGCGUUGAAAUGACUGCACUCAAAGAAGAACGAGACCGUCUCCUAGUACUGACCCAGAAUAAUGAAACCCAAGAGCAGUUAAUGAAGGCUAUUAAGGACCGUGAUGAAGCUAUAUCCAAGAAGACUGCGGUGGAACUGGAACUGGCUAAAUGUAGAAUUGAUCUGAUGUCCUUGAACACUCAGCUAUUAGAUGCCAUUCAGCAAAAACUGAAUUUGUCACAGCAGCUGGAGGCAUGGCAGGAUGACAUGCACAGAGUCAUUGACCAGCAAUUGAUGGACAAACAUCAGAAGGAAUGGAGCCAACCUGCAUAUUCCUUCUCCAACAGCCACCGUGUAAAACAAUGCAGCAAGGCUGUCUCUAUGAAGCAUGCAGAACGGCCAGGAGAGGAGUCCAUUGGGGCAGAAGGGAGGAGCCUCUUCUCCUUUCUAAAGAAAACGAAGUGUUAAAGCCUUUUUCUGAAUUAGGAGAAAGGCAGAUCUUGAUUGGUCCUCGUGCUGCUUUCGCAGCAAUGAAAAUGAAUAGCUAAGAGCUGCCUGUGCUGCUUUUAUACUCCUGGAGAAAAAGGAUGAUGGUGUUCUACGCCUUUCCUGGAAGUGCAAUAACAUAGUAAUGCUGAUGGGAUAUUGACAGGUGAAUGCUGUAUCUUAUAGCAGCGGAAUGGGAAUUUGAUGCUGAGAAUGGCAAUGUUGUUAUGUUAGAUGUAUCGGAUGCUGGGGGAGCAUCGCAUUGAGCUAAAAGCUGGAUGCAGAUAUCUACUAGAAUAUGAUGUGGUUUCACACACCCCUCAAGUAUUAGCAUUUUGUUCCAAUUUCAUGUAUUUUCUAUAUGUGAGAUCAAAAUGCUUUUGUUCAGAGGAUUCUCUCCUUUGUGAAUAUUUUGCACUUUGCGAUUCCUGUUUCUAGUCACGGCUUCCUUUGUUACACUAGCAGCAGAAAUUCCAGGUUAAUUCCAGGUUAAACAAAUGUCCCAAGCUGCUUGGGUUGCAGGGAACAGAGUCCUACCUCUGGUCUUCCAGACAGAGCACAGUGGAACCAUAACAACCUGUUCCUUCCAGUCCCUGUACUGACAAAUGCUCUGUGUAUAUAGACAUUUUCUAAUGAAUACAGAUGUUUUCUAAUAUAUAUAUCGAAAAAAGUCAUAUUUUAGUACAGAUUAUGCUUUCUAUUGUAAAGUCACUGAAAUAAAAUAUU